UUUUUUUUUUUCGAAUUAACAUUUCUGUCCUUAUUCGUGCCGAGAACUCAUCCGAACAAACCGAUCGCACAACGUCAGGAUACACAGAACACCUCUCGCUUUUAGCAGACAGCGUGAGCCAGGGCCAGUAGAGCAGCUGGACGCACGCUACCAUGCCUCUCAACCAUAAUGAUCCCUUCGUGGUGAAUGCCGCACAGCCGUCUCGGCGGCAGAUCAUCGAGUUCAAACUGUCAGAGGAGGUUUUGGAGGAGAUCAUGAACGGCAAUGAAUCGAUUCAACUGGACAUGAAUCAAGCUAAAUUAUUGAUUGGCGAGAGCUCUUAUGACUUUACACACAUGCCAGGAAUCAGCAAUAUCGAGGUCUACAAACUGCCAUCAGGAACGAAACAACUGGAUUUGGUCGGCAAUAUAACCGCAAAAUGCACAAUCCAGAGGACACACGCAAAGAAGGGACAGAAGAAGGCAACAAAGCACGAGCCCGUGAGAACGACCCAAAUAAUCGACGCGAAUGACUUGAGGAAAGGAACAAAAUCAACAGCAUCAAUUCCAGUACGGCGACCGCAAUCGCCUUCGCCUUCAGCAACAACGGCAACAGCAACGGCAGCUGCAACUGCUGCAGCGGCAGGCACCGUCGUGCCACUCAAGACUCGCGUUGUACAACUGCUGGCGCAGCAUCCACACGGCACAGAGGAAAAGGAGCUGAUGAAAUUGCUGAGAGUUUCGCUAGAGGAUCUACAGUCUAUCUUGCCUAUUGUGGCCAAUUUCUCUGGCGGCCGGUAUGUUUUGAAGCCGGAAACGUACAAGGAGGUCAAAAUCUACGACUGGAAAAAUUACUCAGCCAAGCAGAGAGAGAUUGUGGUCAAGAAUGCAAGUGCUGCAUUCGACAGACUGGGGCUGGCACAUGAUGCGCCGGAAAGGGACAUUCUUUUGCCCGAGAAAGCAAAGCGCGCCAGUCCACCGCUGGUAGCGGAGGGAUACCACGUCGUUGGAAAUAUGGAUACUACCAACUCGAAAUGGCGGUCAGGAGGCGCUGGAUCCGAGUCCGAGGGACUUGAUAACGGGAGGAUGAGCAGCAGCAACAGCUCAUUAUUGAAGCCACCGAGCGCUCAAAAGAAGACGUCGGCGAAAAAAUCACCGGCGUUAUCGUCAUUGACGGGCAAGAAAAGGGCAUCAUCCACCAAGAGCUCAAGCGGGAACAAAGGAAGUCGGCAGUCAGCAGAAAAAGUGGCAGCCGCGAUUUUGGAGAAUGCACAGAACCACAACGCAAGAGGAGCAACAACACCGUCCAGUACAGUGAAGUCCACACUGGGAGGAACACCAGGUAUCGGCGUUGGAUCCCCGACAAUUACUGGGAGAAGGCCCUCGAUCAACGGCAAUGGCAACGGUAACGGUAACGGCGUACCGGCUGUAAAACGAGGAUCAGAAACGAAAAAGGCAGGAUCUGGCACCAAGGAGACAGGAGGCGUGGGCAACGGAUACAAGAUUCCCAAAGUCGGCUCCGGAGUCACAGUACCAAGGAAAGCACAAAGUCCAACGUUCACGGUUCCGCCGAUUACGUCGCAGGCAGAGUACGAGGAAGUGUCGCAGCAGUUCAUGGCAAAGUACAAGGAAAUGAAGGUGCUUAAGGCACAGAUCGACAAGAAGAAGGAACUCUUUGAUCAGCUUAGCGCGGAACUGGAACUGGCGGUUGGCACAGAGCGUGAGGCAGAGUUGAAGCGCAAGGUCCAGGACGCGUUUGGCGAAGAUGUGGUCGACCGCAAAGUACUCCGCAGGACAGGUGAGCCCAGGCAGGGCGUGAGCGUGGAGAGGGCUAAGGCAGCGAUGGCAGAGCAGAGUAAUCAUCUGAGUGUCCGGUCGAUGGCAGAGCGGUAUAAGACCUUGCACCAUGAAGUUGACACGAUGAAGCGGGCGCUAUGUGAGGCAGGCACUGCCCAGGCUGGAAGGGCUGGCCAGAGCGGACCUGCCUCGGUAAGCGGAGGAAACGGCUAAGUGAGACGAAGCAUGGCCAUCAAAAAUAAAAGGUCCUUUUAGCAUCAUGUCUUUGUCUUUUAUGACCAUCAAAGAUAUUGCACAUGAAAUGGCG